AUAACCUUAAAACGAGGAUGAUUGACACAAUUCAAUAUUAAGAUGUGGUCGGCUAUAGUGGUGUUGUCGCUGGUUGGGUGUGCGGUGGCUGGUCCUCCUGUCACGAGGUCCAGGAAGGACAUUGAAGGGUUCAGGGCUUACUUGGAGAGGAGCAGGACAGAUGAUGGACUUCGCCUAGAGUCCCGUAUGCUCGCCAACCCCAAAGCCUCCGCGUGGGAGAACAGCGGCAAGUUCCAGGGUGACAUCCUCCUCAAUGAUAAGCAGGCUGAACUCCUGGAGAAGCAGUAUGCUGGAGUAGCAGCCAGGAACGCGUACAUCUGGCCCGACACCAAGUGGCCCGGCAAUACUGUCGUCUAUGACAUCAACGAUGAGUUCACUCUCGCCCAAAUAAUCGCCAUUCACUCGGCGAUGUUAGAGAUUGAGGAGCAUACUUGCAUCAGAUUCCGUCGUAGAACAAUUUUCGACCGACAUUACGUCAGAGUGACUGGCAAACCUGACGGCUGCUACGCCUCCUUGGGCUACUGGAAGGACAUCCCCGUCCACAUCCUGAACUUGGGUAAAGCCGAACCCGGCGAGGGCUGCUUCAUCAACUCCAUCAUCAUCCACGAAUGGUUCCAUAUCCUCGGUUUCCUGCACAUGCAUUCUACCUACAAUAGGGACGACUACGUUCAUUUACUGUGGGAAAACAUGAAACCAGGUUAUGAAUUUGAAUUCGAAAGGUUUGAGUCCGACGUGGCAGACAAUUUGGACCUGCCCUAUGAGUACGCCAGCGUCAUGCACUACGACAGAUUCGCGUUCUCCAAGAAUGGAAGACCUACUAUGUUGCCUAUCCACACCGACUUCGGUCUCAUGGGUCAGUUGGAUUACGUAACCGGCUGGGACUGGCAUAGGGUCAACAGGCACUACAACUGCCCCCAUGCUUGGAGCGGUGAAGAGCACUCAGAUGAAAGCUAUGAGCAUGAAUACAAGGCUGAAGAGAACGCUGCACUCGAGGAUGGCCAAGAAGAUUUAGCUGAAGAUUUGCCACAAGAGAAAGUAGUCGUUCCUGAUACGCCCCAAGAUUUUGAAGCUGAAAAAGUAUCUGUAGUUGAAAACUAAAUCAAUCACUCUCAAGAAGAACAAUAUUAAAACCUUUAUUAAAAUAAAGUGAUGCAUAAUAAAUAA